AUGGAAUGUGCAAGGGGGGGAAACAAGGUUCCUGUAAUUCGUGAAUUGAUCAGAAUAAACAGACCUAAUAUUGUUGUGUUAGUAGAGACUCACUUGAGUGGUGCUCAGGCGGAUAAAGUCUGUGAAAGGAUUGGUUUCAAGGACCGAAUGCGAGUUGAAGCCCAAGGAUUUUCGGGUGGCAUCUGGCUCUUGUGGAAUUCAAAUGAGGUGGGAGUUACGUCGUUUGGCAACCACUCUCAGCAUUUGAGUGUCGAGAUUAGGAAAAUUGGAGACAACCCAUGGUUAUUCUCCGCCAUCUAUGCAAGCCCGGAUAGUGCGGUUCGCAAAGAGUUAUGGAAGGAGCUUGAAAAAUCGGCUAGACUCGAUAGAGGUUUAGCAAAUGGGGAUUGGAGGCUCCUUUUCGCUGAAGGAGCUGUGCGGAAUCUUCCUAAGGCUAGCUCAGAUCAUUGUCCCAUUCUUAUCAGUACUACGGGUUUCGCCCCAGUCACGAAGGCUAUAAGACCAUUUAGAUUCCAGGCCGCUUGGUUAAAUCAUGGGUCAUUUAGCGAGUACGUCCAUAGCAAGUGGAAGUCUUCUGCUCCAAUUGUGCCUUUCUUGCGAGAAUUUGCGGAUAACCUCCAAGCGUGGAAUAAAUCCCAGUUCUACAAUAUUUUCCGUAAAAAAUCAGAAUUAUGGGCUCGGCUUGAAGGGAUCCAAAAACUUCUGGCCGAAGGUCGUCAACAGCAUCUCAUUAAACUUGAAUCGAAGUUGAGAAGAGAAAUGGAUGAGGUGCUGAAUGCUGAGGAAUUACUAUGGUUUCAAAAAUCUCGGAUGGAAGCCAUAUGCAAUGGAGAUAGGAACACCAAGUAUUUUCACUUGGCUACGGUCAUCAGAAGACGUAGAAAUAGUGUGAAUGCUUUGAUGGAUAAUAAUGACAAUUGGGUGACGCAGACCGAUCAAGUCAAGGACUUGGUUUUCCAAUAUUGGAGCUCUCUAUUCUGA